UGGUCGAGGGCAACGCCAUUGGUAAUGAGCCGGUUUGACUGGUGCCGGGCGCCGUACUCUGUCGCUCGGUGAUGACGGUCGGGCGAACGACGAUUCAGUGAGAGGAUGACGGCGGAGCCGAACGGCUCGGUGUCGGUGGUGGCGGACCCACAACACGCCAAUAAGCUGCUGAAGAGCCUCAGCUCAUUCCGGGAGGAGCCGCUGUUCUGUGACGCCGUGCUGGUGGUGGAAGGGGAGCAGAUUCCGGUGCAGAAGAACCUGCUGGCAGCCGCCAGCCCGUACGUCAGAACAAAAUUGAAUUAUACAUCACCAACUGAUGAUGGUUCAGUGUAUAAAAUUGUCCUGGAUGGGAUUUCUGUUGCUGUUAUGCGGGAAUUACUGGAUUAUAUGUUUAGUGGACAGAUUAAGCUGAGUGAAGACACAAUUCAGGAUAUAGUGCAGGCUGCUGACCUCCUCCUCCUCACUGAUUUAAAAGCACUGUGUUGUGAAUUUUUGGAAGGCUGUAUUGCUCACGAGAACUGUAUUGGCAUACGUGACUUUGCCUUGCACUAUUCUUUACAACAUGUAUACUACAUAGCGACAGAGUACCUGGAAACACAUUUCCGUGAUGUAGCCCACACUGAGGAGUUCCUGGAACUUGGCCAUGAAAAACUGAAGGAAGUAAUCUCUUUGGAAAAGUUGAAUGUGGGAAAUGAAAGGUACAUCUUUGAUGCAGUGGUGAAAUGGAUUUGCCAAGAUCCUGUUGUUCGAAAGGUUCACAUGAAAGAUGUGAUGUCUGUCGUGUGGGUAAAUGGCCUGGAUCCUGUUUAUCUGAGGGAACAAAUGCUGAAUGAACCUGUGGUACGAGAAAUUGUCAAAGAGUGUACGAAUAUUCCACUCAGUCAGAGAGAAGGAGAGGCCCAGCUGGCUACCUUCAAACCGCGAGGGUAUUCAGAAUGCAUAGUAACAGUGGGUGGAGAGGAAAGGAGUACACGGAAGCCUACAGCUGUAAUGCGAUGCAUGUGCCCCUUAUAUGAUCGUAACAGGCAACUUUGGAUAGAAUUGGCUCCAAUGAGUGUUGCACGCAUUAACCAUGGAGUUUUGUCAGCAGAAGGGUUCCUUUUUGUACUGGGCGGCCAGAGUUUGGAUAAAGUGAGUUUAAGUUCAGGAGAGAGAUAUGAUUCUGAUACCAACUGCUGGAGUCCCAUUCCCCAAAUGAAUGAGGCAAGGCACAACUUUGGAAUUGUGGCAAUAGAUGGAGUUCUGUAUGUACUGGGAGGUGAAGAUGGUGAAAAGGAGCUGUUAUCUAUGGAGGCCUAUGACAUUCACACUAGAACUUGGACAAAGCAACCUAAUAUGACUAUGGUGCGAAAGAUUGGCUGCUAUGCAGCUAUGAAGAAAAAGAUUUAUGCAAUGGGUGGUGGCUCAUAUGGAAAAUUAUUUGAGUCUGUUGAGUGUUAUGAUCCCAAGACUCAACAGUGGACGGCUAUCUGCCCAUUGAAAGAAAAAAGGUUUGGUGCAGUAGCAUGUGGUGUCGGCUUGGAGCUUUACGUUUUUGGCGGAGUCCGUAGUCGUGAAGGUGCCACUGCAGAAAACAGUGAGAUGGUGACCUGCAAAUCAGAAUUUUAUCAUGAUCAUUUCAAAAGGUGGAUCUAUUUGAAUGACCAAUCACUUUGUAUCCCAACGAGCUCUUCAUUCGUGUAUGGUGCUGUGCCCAUUGGUGCCAGUAUUUAUGUUAUUGGAGAUCUGGACACAGGCACACAGUAUGACUUCGUCAGAGAAUUUCGCAGAAGUACAGGAACCUGGCAUCACACCAAACCAUUACUCCCUUCAGAUCUCCGCCGAACAGGUUGCGCAGCACUACGUAUUGCAAAUUGCAAGCUCUUCAAACUACAGUUACAGCAAGGUCUUUUCCGUAUACGCAUUCCCUCUGUAGGACCGAAUGGAUCAUAAUACAAAUAGCCAGAGGGAACUUCAUUUAAGAACAAAAACAUAUAUCAUAUAAUCGGGGAUAAUCUUGCUAAAUCCUUGUUACAAUUUGGUAACGACUCUGCAAGGGCAAAGCAUUGGUGCACACUUUCAUGUGAUCCAGGGUAGUUGUCCUUGUUUAACUUUAUUCUCUGAAAGCUCUGUCAUGGUAUUCCUAACUCAGUAGAAAUAAAACUAAUAAGACAUUAACGAACAGCAAAACCAAAACUUUAGCUUUCUGAAGUAAGGCUUAAUCUUCAGCAUUAUAAUAUAACAUCUGAAAUGAAAUGAAUAUGAGAAGGAGAUAACAGCUUGAAAAAUUUAAAGAUUUUGUGGAAUUCUGAAGGUAGACAUUUACUCAAUGAGAAUGAAUUCUGUUUUCAUGUGAAUGUGCUAAUUCAAACAAUGUAAGUCAGUUUUGAAUUUUCACCAUGUUGAAGAAUAGUUCUAAAAGCUGUUUUAAUUAUUAACUUCUCUAGCUCAGGAUAAUAACAGCAAAAAGAAAAUUAAACUCCAAUACCAGCAUCCAUCUUAUAUGGGUUAUAAGACCCUAAGAUCCAAGGAGUGGUGAAGAAACUGAUGAGUAGUUAGAAUAGGCAACAGAAGCUUUAUUUCUGAGGAGAAUAGGAAUUAAAUUGAAGUGCUUUAGAAUAGCGCUAUCGUGGAGGGGGUUUGGUUGCUACCAAUACACCAAUGACUUACUCUUGCAAUUUAGUUCAAUAGCUGAUAUUAAAAUGAAUAAUGGGUCAAUAGGAGACAGUUGCAACAGUCUUUCAAAGCUUGAAACUGCUUCCUGAAGUUGAAAUAGUUUACAUUUGUUAUUUGAACAAAAUUUUUUUCUUUCAACUUCCUAUUCAAAAGUGAUGAUGUACACUAUGUGGUUAUGCUUUCUAUUUCCAUUUAUUACUUGAGUUUAAACUAAGGUAUGAAAGAAACCGCUAAAGGCUGGAAUUGCAAAGUACCAUCACAGCUCAUUUAUUAGCUCAUUAUUGUACAUUGCACAUUUUACCUCUACUUCAAAAUUUUACUUACCCACUUUAGUUUGUGUUUUAAAUGUACACAAUGAGCUAUGGAAUAAUUCUGUCCUCUACAAAUACGGGAAAGUUAAUGUUAAUCCAUUUGGAUAUCUGAAAUGGAAACAAAAUGCUGGAAACAUUCAGCAGGUCAGGUAGCAUCGGUGGAGUGAGGACGAGAGUUAACAUUUCUUACCUUGGACUGUUCCUGAGGACCAGGACAGACCUGAAAAUGUCUUGGAUGCUAAGAAGGUUGAACAAAGAAAGGUUUAGAACAAAGGAAAUAUCUCUGAUAAACUGAGACCAAAUGAGUAAAGGUGAUAGUUAGAGGUAGGUUAUGCUUAUUUUUCUGAAUUGUAAAUGUUAAUACCAGGGCAGUGGUACCCAGUAAGCCAGGCUGGACUAGUAUAGAGACAAAAACUGGGGUAAAAUUACAGAUUGAUGACAGACUAAAGAGUGUCUAAAGUUGGAGAAUUUGAUACAGAGUCUAGAAGGCAAGUUAUUGUUUCUGAAGCUUGCAUUAAGCCUCAUUGUAGCAGUGUAGGAGGGCACCGACAGUUCAGAGUGGAAAUGGGAUGUAGUAUUAAGAUGGUGAGCAAUGAAAACAUGGGUCACUCUUGUGGACUGCACACAGGUGCUUAGCAAAGCAAUCACCCUACAUGUUUGGUUUUUACUAAUGUAGAAGAGACCUCACCGAGAACACUAAAUACAGUCCACUAAAUAGGAAGAAGUUCAAAUGGAUUGCUGCUACACCUGGAAUGACUGGAUGGUGGGAAGAAAACAAGUACAAUAAUAGUUGAAUAAAUACUCUGUUGCAUGGGACAAUACUGUAGGGAUGAAAGGGUAGGACAGGCUAUUGUAAAUACUGAGAAGAGAUGAUGUGCCUGGCAGUGGAACCUUGUUGGAACUGCCAGAAGCUGAAGAAUGAUCGAUCCAACAUGGAGGUUAGAGACUGAUGUGAUAGAAGUUAAGGACCAAGGGACACAAGAUCUGCAGAAUUCUGUUCUUAUGCUGCUCAGGAAGAGAGAUGUUGGGAGCAGAAAUGUGAAAUUGAGAUGAGAUACAGUCAAGGGCUUUGUUCUCAAUGUUAAAUAGGAAACCCUGAUUUGUGAAGAAAGAAGAUACCAAGGAAUACCUAUGCAUAAAGUUUCAUCAGAGAAAGGCAAAGGAGACUGAACAACUGGCAGAGUGAGAUAGAGUCUUUACCGCUGGGAGGGAGCAUCUGCAAGACUAUGUGACUUUGUAAUGGACAAUUAUGGGUAAUCUAUCCACAUUAAUGGAGACAAAGAUAUAGGAAGUGAAGGAAAGACUCAGAUGGACCAUGUGGUGGUGAAAAUGGUGGAAAUUGGUCAUCAAAGUGGAGAAAACUUUGGGUUUUGAAUGAGUGUAUGAAGCAGCACCAUUGCAGUCAUCAAAGUAUGUAGACCCGGCAAUUGAUUCAUUUUCAUUGUAGAUGUACAAUUCCUCGGCAUCUUCAUUCAUAUCAAAUGAGCCUGAGAGGUUUUCUUUGCUUCUUCUUGAACAAAGACUCAACCAAUUCUUCCUGCUCAUAUUGAACAAUUUUUCCAACUCGACUCACUCUCUCCAGGUGAAAGUGUAGCUGUGACUCUUGCAUACACCCAGGCUAUAUUGGUCUUUAUGUGAAAUGUAGAACAAAGUUACUUUCUGUCUAGCGUGGGUCAAUUCUUUCUCCAGUGCAUUGAUAAUUUGUUCUGUGUUUAUAUUCCUGUAUUCAUCAGAAAAAGAUUGUUGUUUUUGCUACUAAAUUCAACCUAACUCUUGCCUCUGUAUGGUUCAUCUCUGCCUCUCUCCAUCUCCAUCUCAGGGGUAGGCUAACUACGAACAUCCAUGACAAACUCAGAGUGGUGUUGACUAUAUAUCUUAUAAGGACUAUUUCACCUCUUCCACUCCCAUCGUCCACACAUAUAAAUGAACUUUCCUAGUAAAGCAUCAAUUCAUUUGAACUCCAAAGCUUGUGUUUUACAUUUAGUGUACAUGGUUAGGUCUCCUAAACAUUAGAGAAACCAAACCUAGAAUAGGUGAUUGCCUUUUAGAGCACCUUUGUUCAGUUCGCAAGAGGUGACUCUGAGUCUACUUGCUUCAUCCCUUCCCACUCUGAACUUCCUGUCUAUGGCCUCCUGUACUAAUACAAUUCAGUCUUCCACAUGGGCACGUUCCAGGUUUCAGAAAGCAAUAUUGAAUACCCUAACAUCGUGAAAUUCACCAUUUCUGCUUAUCAUCCACCUGUGAUUUUCCUCUAUACAAAUUUAGCCUGGCUUACCUCCAUACCCUACAGCCUUGCUAUUAGCAACAAUAAACACAAAGAAGCAUUAUCUGCCAUUGACUGAUAGAGUGAGCCAAAUGAGUGACAGUGGAGCUUCCAUCCCUCCUCUACCUCUCCAAGAAUUGAAAAUGCUUCCUGUCCUUCACAGUUCUAACACAUGGUUUCAGUCUUGAAACUGUAACUCUUGUUCCUUUUCACAGAUGCUGCCUGAGCUUGUGUUAUGUUUUCAGCAUUUUGUUUUAAUAUUCCAUCUGCAAUUAUCUGUACAGUUCUUUUGAUCUUGUCAUAUCAUUCUCUACAUCAAAUUUAUUCACUUACCCUACUUUUUGCUAGCAUCUCUUUCCUCUUUAUUAUAAACAGAAGCAUAUUCUGCAGCGUGAGAAUCACUGUGUGAAUAAAAGUUGUGGUGCUAAUGAUAAUUAAUUUGCAACUUACCUGACCACACUACAUAAUGAAAUUACAGGAAAUGCUCAGCAGGUCAGGCAACACCCAAAGAGAGCCAUUUCAGGUUGAUGAUCUUAUGUCAGGAAUGGAAAAAAUAAAUAAAAUAUUUCCAGCAUUUUCUGUUUCAGCUUCAAAUUUCCAACACUUACAGUAUUUUGCUGCUGGAAUUAAGUAAUUAUAUCUGCACAAGUCACAAGUUUUUAAUGCUUUACUAGUGAUUUAAUCAAUCAAAGUUCACAUUGUAGAGCUUUUGGUGAUGGUACAGAGUUAUUCCGCCUGGAAUAAAAACGUGUAAAAUGGUGUAAAAUACUGGGACCACUGACUUCUUUUGUUAAUAUUUUGUUUUAUCACUUUGGGUUGGGUCCAUUUGCACAAAAUUGCAUUGGAUGCUAGGAAGAAAAUGCCAUUUUCGUUUUGGACCAUAUUAUCAAGAUGCAUAUCUUUAAAAUGUAAAGAAAGAGAUUUGAUAGUUCCAGAUGUCUUACGCACACUGUUCAUAUUAUAUCCCAAGCUUAAAAGUACAAUAUAUCACAGUUUUAGCUGUUCCUUCUCUCAAGAAUUGCAGCUGUGUUCCUGGAGCCUUCUUGCACUUUGGCUAAAACAAAAGCUGAGGCAUGAUUUGUGUGAGCUCAGCCAAUAGGUGAGGAGGUUAAUUAAUCAUAGAAAGCAUUGCAAUUAACCUGGCCUUUCACAUCUAUGCCUGUAAUAAAAGUAUUUGGGAGCUGAAUACAGUCAGUUAAGCUUCAUGAAUUAAAUUUUAAACUUGACAAAUUUAUCUUCCCAUGUAUCUGUAAUAGGGUUUGAAAUCUCUGGAGCAAUUGCUUUGUCUUUUUAGAUAGCCAUACGAGAUGGGAAACUUAUUUUAGAUCAGGCAACCUCAUUUCAACAGUAAAGCACCACAUUCCAUUAUUGCAAUAUGUUAUUAUAAGGGUUACCCAGUUUAUAGAUUAUAUAAAGUCUAAUGUAGAAUAAAUAAUUUUGCUUCCAUGACUUCUUUUAAAUUGGUGUUUAACUAAACAUUUGUGGGAAUGCUAUCCCCUCCAUGACGAUUAUUCAGUUGCUGCUUCAGAUGAUCUUAUCAAAUUCAAAGGUCAGGUUACUGUUAUUUCUUAGUUGAAAUUUUUAGUUCAAAUUAAUACUUCUAAUUUAAUAAAGUACAGACCAUUUGCAGUGGCCUGCCAUGGCACUGAGUCACGGUGACCAUAUUGCAACAAGGCUCAGUACAUAUGGGUCAGUGAGGAGAUAAAUUAAACAUUUUUUUCUUCGUUCUCUUGUCUAAAUUAAAUUCAUUGGAUGUAUCCAAAACUUGGAAUACUUGAGCUUAACUGCUAUACACAGUCAUUGCAGAUAUGGUAUAUAAACAGCUGACUUCAAAGCAGUGGAGGAGGGUUAAAAGGCCCUAAAUAUUCAUAGAUAAUUAAAUAUAGCCCCUGUAGUAUAUAAAAUGUUAAUAUGUAGUGAUGGUUGCGUAUAUAACCUACUGAAGCUGCUAGACUUUCAUUAUUACAAUUUAUGAUGUCCUUGAAUCUUCUUAAGUUUGUUACUCAAUCCAGUCCAAGGUUAUGAAUAUUUAUCUAUUUUGAAGUAUACUUUAUAAAGAAACGAGAUCUUUCAUUAAGAAGUCCCUUUCCAACUACCUUGUAUGUUAGCAUUAAGUUUGCUUGUAAAUGAAUUACUUGUCAAAAUUAAAUAGUUGAAGUGUACAAUCCUGAAGCCUAGCUAAAGGUAGGAUCUGUUUUGGAAUUUACUUUCUGUUGGCAGACAUUUAACAGAUGGAAUAAAUCACUGAGCACUGCCAGAUUAACUACUUCCAGUCCAGCAGUCCAAAGGUUUUUUUUAAAUUGCAGAUUCUCACUGACUCUUCCACUCUGAGCAUGUGUGUGUAUGUAUAUAUAUAUAUAAAUAAGCAUUGUAUCAUUUCAUCAUCAGACUAACUGCUGUCUUGCAACAUUCUUGAUGGCAAUAGGAACACAGCACAAAACAGGAAAAAAUAGUUGACUGGUAUGUUUGCCCGUAUCAAAUUUCAGAGCUGCACUUUCCAUUGAAUUACUUCAGUCAGUGGAGUAGUAUCAAUGAGUAAUGGACACAAUUCCCUGGAUUAUUCAACAAAUUUCUUCAAGUACUUCAAUUCUCAAAGUUAUGGAUGUAUGAUCCUUUUGCCAGUUUGUUUGAUAACUUUAGCCAAAUUGCUUUACUCAGUGCCAAAAUAGGGGAAAUGAAUAAAGUGGACAGAAAGAAGAUUGCUUCUUUGGAAAGACUUGGUUGAUGAUGACAUGUUACUGUUGAACUGGCAUACAAUGCAUUAUGCAUAACAAGCAUUUGAUACUGCUCUUUCAGACUGAUUAAAAAUUAUCUAUUUUGUCAGUGUAGUACUGAGAUAUUAAUGGAUCACAUUUGCUCAACUAUGCUGAGGAAAUGCAGAAUAUUUUUUGAUUAACAAAAACUUAACUCUCCAAUUAACUCCAAAACCAAGCUUCCUUCUUAUUGGAUUUAAAUUAUAAUUUUAGAAAAAGAGAUCUCAAGGGCAAACUGAAUGCUGAAAAGCAUAUAAUAUAUUUUAUUGAUGUGAUCUAUAUUUUGAUUUAAGCCAUUUUCUGGUAAAUACAUUUCAAUAAUGAACAAGAUUUUUCAUUCACUGAUUGUUUUCAUGAGAUUUCAGUCAAAUCACAUUAAAUUUUAUAUAAUACCUAUUUUAAUGUUGAUAACAAGUUAAUCAUUUGACCAACACCAAAAAAGUUUGCAGUAACUCAGCAGAUUGAGCAGCAUCUGUGGAGGGUAAAAAGCUGCCAACAUUUCCAAGACACUUCAUCAAGAUUGAGUCCGGAUGAAGGGUCUUGGUCUGAAAUGUGGAAUGUUUAUUUCUCUCCAUAGAUGCUACCAGACCUGCUGAGAUCCUCUAGCAUUUUGUGUAUGUUGGUUGAGAUUUGCAGCAACUGCAAAAACUCUUUUACCUAAUCAUUUCACCACUCUGUUCAGUUUGAAUGCUUGAGCACAAUUCCAGCAAAUGAAUGUUCUGGUGUUCUAUUUCUUUAAAAAAAGAAAAAAAUGGUAACAGACUAUAAUUAAGCACAAACCAUUAGUCCAAACACACAGCUUAGUUAGCCUCUAAUUUUUAUAUAAUUGGGAACUGGUAACCCUCAUGUCAUUUAGCUUUUGUACUGCAGAGUAAUAGAAAGCAUAUAGACACGUAGUCAUCUCUGGACUAUUGAAGGCUAAGAACAUAAUUAUUACAACAAGUUUGUAAGUGAUAUUUGACUUUAUGAAAGUAGUUUUCUGUGGAAAGCAGAACAUUGUGGUUAUUAAAGAAAUGAUAUUUGCAUUUCUAGACAUUCUCAGAGUUCAGUUGUUGAAGUUCAUUGAAAUCCUUAGGACCAUAGAUAUUUUGUUCAGUAGUCCUCUGUGAAAGAUAAACAAAUUAAAAUUAGUUUUUCUGUAUCUUUGAAAACUGCUGUUUUUAUUUUAAUGUUGCUUGGGAUUAAUCUCAAAGAGUUUUUCUUUUAACUGAAAUGAAUCAAGUCCCAAAAUAAUGAGCUGCUUUCUCAUCAGGCAGAUUGUAGAGUAAAACUGUAGCUUAGUUAAUAGCAGGAUUUUCUGUGUAAGAAGUUUCAUCGUUCAACACUGAUUUAAGGAAGUUGAGUGAAAAUAACUAGAUUGAGAUUUCAGCAGUUUAGUUGGAUUGCUGCACUGUCAGAACUUGUGAAAAGUUAAGACCGUAAGAUAUAAGAGCAAAAUUAGGCCAUUCGACACAUCGAGUCUGCUCCAGCAUUUGGUCAUGGUUGAUUCUCCUGCCUUCUCCCCAAAACCUUUGAAGCCCUUACUAAGCAAGAAUCUGUCACCCUCCACUUUACUCAAUGAAUUAGCUUGCACAGCUGCCUGUGGCAAUGAAUUCCACAGAGUGAUUCCCUCUGGGUAAAGAAAUUUCUCCUCAUUUCUGUUCUAUUCCGAGGCUGUGCCCUCUAGUCCUAGAGAUCCCCGCAAUUGGAAACAUCCUCUCUAAAUCUACUCUGUCUAUAACUUGGUUGAACUGAGGCUUUUCAAUCCUCACGGAUACACUUAAAAGAUCCAGUUGUACUAUAUCAACAAGGAGCAGGUGCUGGCUGCUGUUUCAUCCUUUGUCAAAAUCACCUGGAUAAACAGAUAUUCAGUCCAUUCUCUUACUAGUGAUUGGACAGUGCUGAAUGUUAUUCAGAAAUUAUACCUUAUUGGCUGUAAGGAAAUUUGGGGCAUUCUAAAGUGGCUUGAAAUGCAAGUUGUCUGUACUUUUUUGACACUUUAACCUUAGUUUCUGAUUUUGAGAUCAAAAUACAGCUAAAGCUGCCUUGAGAAAAAGCUGGUGCAUCAAUAUAUUGUCACUGUUAUAAGAAAUUAGCCCUAGCAGUUUGAUUUAAUUGGCAGCCAGAUUUUUAUUAAAGUUAUUCCAGGACACAAAUGGAAAUAGCUAUUAGCAAUAAAAUGGCAUAACCUUACCGUAAAUCAAAAUGAUCCUGUGAACAGGACACGCAGGAGUUUGACAUACCUAGGAUUCAAUAUUAAUUUGAAUCAAAUGAUAAUUGACAAGAUUUUAUUUAGUAGGACUCAGUGUUUCUGCCAAUAUCCUAUGCUUUCAGGAAUUCACAAAUUGUUACCCCUUUAUGACUUAAUGCCUUUGCACAGCAUGAAAAACUAAAAACUAUUAAAUGUUUGAUGUUUUUCACUCAAAUUUUACAUAGUAUAUCAUGCAGCAAAAUAUAGCAUAUAUUUUGUUAUAGUUGCUUCUUUAGAUUUUGAAAAAGUUUGUCCAAACUGAGGGAAAUUUGAAUGCUAGAGUCAGCAAAGUCUUGUGGAGAGUUUACUCCAUCCUUGCAGGCUUACUGAAACAAUUUGAACAUCCGCAAUUGUAAAAUGUUAGCAUUUAAGCAAGUAUAUAAUGCAUUCUGCAAAGUAUCAAUCUGUUCACCUGGCACCUAAGUAUCAUAACUGAACAGAAGGGAUAAUAAUGGUGAAAUGUUUCAGAUGUUAUUAAAUUUUGUUCUUCUGAGAGCAAGACAAAUGUGGCUGGAGUAAAUGAGACAUUCCCUCACCAUACAAUUGAUAUUCAGGCUUGUAAAUUUACCCAGAUAAUUGCAGAACAGUACAGACUGAGAAGAAUCAGUGAUCAUCUGUGGUCUGUAGCUGAACCUUAGAGAUGCAGGAGACCUGAGGCAUUGUGCAUUCAUAUUUUUCAGUAAGCAAGAGAAGUUAGUGAGGUCCCCUUUUCCCGCCCCCACCCCGCCCCACCAAUCCCUGCAAAUGAAAUCUGUGUAUGAUCAGAUGAAGCUAAGAUUCAAUUUGGUAGCAUUAUACGUUUAAACAAACAGCCUGACUCAGAGUGUGUACAGGAAGUUUAUUUCAAGUUGCACUUGAAAUACACAUCAUAUAUGAUAGACGUGGUGAUGUUACACAAACGUUCCAUUAUUGUGGGGUUGGGAAGUACUCAUGACUCUUGCAACCAAUCCAUGAAGAUGUCCAUGGUUUGUUAGUACUACUGUCAGUGAAUAAUUCAUUACAAAAGGUCUUAAAUGAAGAAGCUCUAAUCCAAAAGCAAUUUGAUUAUUUCAGGAUUGUCAAGAUGAAAAUCUGUAUUUAUAAUGGUGAAAUUUUAUUUGGGCCAAAAACACUAAACCGCAUUUGUCUAACAUUUGUGCAAAUGAAUUUUCAUUAGAUACAUAUAAAGUUUGUGCAACUUACAGUAGGUGUGAAGAAAUAUUGUAAUUUAAAAAUUUACUCAAUGUCAGACACUGAAUUGAGUACCUUCCACUUACUCUUUUACAUGGCCCUACCACAUCAAAUUCAGAUGUAUUCCUGAAAUUUUGUUAUUAACAUUAAACAAAAUACUAAAGUUGGCCAUUCAUAGUAUUAAAAUUAUAUUCUGCUAAUUUCCAAGCAAAAACGUACAAUUGAGUUGAUUUUUAAAAAAAAAUAAUUUUAAAUUUUGGAGGUAGCUGGGUUGUUUGGUAGUUCACCCACUAUUAUGAUAGCUUGCAAGCUAUCUCAAUAAAUGCACUCAAUGCCAGCAAAAGCCAUGAGAUAUCUUGCACCAGCCAAUUAUAUAAUCUUCCCCUUCCAUAAAUACAUGUGUUACAUCUUAUCAUCAUUAGAUUUGCUUCAUCAUUGGAAUUUUCCAUUUAUGUUACUUUAAAUUUCAAAUCAUUAGUAUUCCAGUUUUUGGGGGGAAAUGUAAUUAAUUUGUUGUGGAACAAACAUUUAUUGUAAUGGAUUUGCUUGCAAUGCAAUGUACAGUAUCUGGUUUAAUGAUAUAGCUGAUCUUUGUAUGACUUGUACAACUUCACCCCAUAUAUAACAUUCCAUAUCUAGCUGCCAGAUUUUACCAUCUUAGGUCUCUUGUUAAUAGUGUUAUGGAAUAUAUUUUGCAGUUUUAAGUAGUAUGUGCUACAUCUGAGAUUAGGACCACUUAACGGGAAAAUUCCUGCACUCUUAAUUCCACAACCUUUUCAAACUUUUCUGUGGCUGUGAUUUAUAGUUAUUCUUCAGAUAAAGCAUUUGUAUGCAGUUGUAUCAAAUACUACAGGAUUAGUGUUUAUGUGAAACCUAAUGCUUAUGAACACACUAUGGAUUCAGCUGAGGUGCUUUUAUCUGAGGUAUGUGCAUUUAUCUGUGUACCACCAUCCCUGCUUAUCAGAAGCAAUGGUUAAAUGCACAUGGGAAUGUCUCUCCCAUUGUACCCACAUAAUUUUAUUCUCAUUUUUUGAACUGCAUGUUUAUUUGCAAAUUCAAAUGACAACUGUCUAGCUACAUUAUUUAAAACAAAAUCCAUCAUAAGAAGCAUUAAUUUUAAAUCCUAUAUAUAAGCUUAACGUGUAUAACAAAACUAUCUACUCAAAAAUUGUCUAAUGUUGUAAAUUAUAGUUUUAUGCAGAGUGCAAAUAUUUUGGUAAAACUGUAAGUAUAGAAGUUUACCAAAUCUAUUAAAUGUUCUUAACGUUUUACAAUGAAUUUGUAAAAGCAACAGAAUAAGUUCCCCAUUUUAAUUAAUGUGUGUGAUAGAAGUUAAGAUGUAGCAAUUUUGAUUAUCAUAAAUUAUUAUUGCCUCAUUUCAAGCUGGUAGAAGUGGUGCAAUUGAAAAAAUGAUAGAACACGUCACUUCAUGGCGGCUCUGAAAAAUAGUUAUGAAUGCAUCUUACAGACAGUACUCUGUUUUCUUUGGUAUGCUCAUUAAGAGUGUCUAUUUUGUACUGUAUUUCCAGUGCUGUUGUUACCCCUGUGUUAAAUAGGCAGUUCAUUAACUAUAAUAAAUCAGCUAAGUUAUGGUAGCGUAAUAGAGUUUUCAAAUAGAAAUUUGGGCUUGAACAAUGGAAUUUAAAUUCCCAUCUGUUUAGUUAUGUGCACCUGUUGUAUUUGCAUCUUUAUAACUUGAAAUUACAGUGAUAAUAUGGAAAGUAGAGAUAUUAAAAUAUGCGGUAGAGUACCUAAUAGGGGAAGGAAUCUUGAAGGCCCAAGAAGCCUUUGUUCUACAAAAUUCCCUUUUCUCUAUGUCAGUUUUAUCACAUGAAUCACUUAUAUAAGCCAUAAAACAUAAUUUGAUAUGUGGUGCCUUCCUUAGAGGUUAACAGUGAUGUAAUUAAGCUACCUGGAUUAAAAUCAGUGAACAUUUAGGGGGGAGAAAGUUCUGCCUAACACAUUGAAAGUGAAUCAGCAUGAAGUAAACAGAACAAAACACACCAAAUGCUGGAGGAACUCAGCAGGCCAGGCAGCAUCUUGGAAAAGAGUACGGUCGACAUUUUGGGCUGAACCCUUUGUCAGUCCAGUCCUGCAGAUUUUCUUUUGUGAAAUAAACAGAAGCCUUUUUUUAUGCACUCCUCACUGUAUAGAGUUGAUGGUAGCAUGCUUAAAAUAGUGUGAGGAUUUGGUUCCUGGUCAAGUACUGGAAAAAUCUCAUGAAACAAGAUUCAGUACAUUACUGUGGGUGAGGAGUGGAUGAUGGUGAUGAGGGAAUGGCUAAAAACAGAGACACUAAAAACACACAUUAUUGAGAAGGCCAAAUAUAACUCGU